UUUUCUCGUAUCUUUCUUCUUCUCUUUUUGUUCAAACCAUCACGUUAUAGUCACAAAGUGUUAAAAAAAAAAAAGAUUAGUGAUUAUAUUCUAUUUUUGUUUAUUAAACAAGAGUUAUUGUUGUUUUUGGUGGUAUACAACCUUCAAAACUCAAAAGGGCUAUAUAUUCUCUUUGUGCUUCAUCAAAGUGAAUGAUUGAAAAUUUACAGAACUGGAAACCCAUUUACUCUGUUUUGUGUAAAGCAAAAAGAGGACCACUAUGAAAACAAGGAAGCAAAGAGUACAUCUUGUUAUACUGAUGGUAGAAAGUUAAUUCUAUCAAUAUCACCAUUUUUCUUCAACCACACCAUGCUGACCAUCCUACCUCCUCUACGUUCUUGACGCAUGACUGUAUCUGUCCAUUGUCUAAUAUAAUAAUGAGUCUUAUUGCCUGCAUGUAAUGUUUUCGUCAAUGGGACAACCACUCCUGAAGUUAGUUCUAUUAGAAAAUAGAAACAUAAGGUGUAUAGUUGGAAAAGAGUCUAGACCAAUGACUGCCAAGAAACAAAACUCUUUCUCUGAAAUUAAAAACAAUUUUAGAAAUGCUGAAGAUAUAAGGCCAGGUCAUGAGUUGAUGAAGGUGAAUAACAACGUAUACACCAAUGUGUUUACCUUAUAAUAUAUAAUGCUCGAAGGAUGUGCCCUCCAUGUUUCUCCAUUAUAUACGUCUCCAUCUUGGCCACCAAAUUUGUUUACAUAAAUCAUUCAUAAUUAAAUGUAAGGUUAUAGAAUCGUCUAAGUUAUUCUCGUUAUUAUAUGUCAAAAAUAAAAAUUAUUUAACUUUUGAGACAACUAUUCUCAGAAUGUUUCCUUAAUACCAAGUCAAAUUAGUCAAAUAUUUAAUAGUUUGAGUACCCAGCAACCUCAAAGUCUAAUGCAAAGACCUUUUUGACGACGUGAAGGUCUCAACUGUUACAUUUCUCCAACAGAGGCAAGCACGAACAAACAUUAGAACAUGUAGUCAUGCAUCUAUAAACAUUCUUUUGUCCUUUUGAGGAGAAACUAACGCAGAAAAUUCAGAAAAAAUGGGGAACUCGUUCACAUGCAUCUCACACGAGGAAGAACAACGUCCCAAAAAAUCCUCGGCCGGCCGUGGCAAAGGAGGAGGAAGUAAUACCAGAAAAUACAUGCGUCGCCUAUCGCUCUCCUGCUCCGGCUCAUCCUCCACUUCGUCUUCCAGGAAAGGUGUAAUCAAACCAAAAAAGAAGAUAAGAGAGAGACAUCAUCAAGAUCAUCAUGGACACGAUAAAAACUCUCAUAUUAUUCAGGAGCAAACUUUGGCAGCCACUAAUCUCCUCUUCAACCAAACCCCUCGUAACAGCAACUAUGUUGUUCCUCCUAAUUUCAGACAGUCCACCAGUUCAAGCGGCGGCUCAGGACCUGUCUCAGCCGUCCAGAGUCCCAAGAAAUCGACUUGUGGAUUCGUAAGAACCUCUAGCUCUAGGCGAAAGUCUAGUGUCAAUCCAGUGAUCAAGCCUAACCAGGUCCCAGACAAGGAGCUGAAGAAGGUGGAAGUUUCAGAGACGAAGAGGUUUGUGCUAGUUCAUGGUGGAGGAUUUGGGGCUUGGUGUUGGUACAGAACCAUAACUCUCUUAGAGAAACAUGGUUUCCAAGUAGAUGCUGUUGACUUGACCGGUUCAGGUAUUAGCUCUACUGACACCAAUACCAUCACAAGCCUCGCUCAUUACUCCAAGCCUCUCCUCCACUUUCUGGAAUCCCUCAAACCCAACGAGAAGGUAAUUUUGGUGGGGCAUGAUUUUGGAGGGGCUUGUAUGUCUUAUGCGAUGGAAAUAUUUCCUACUAAAAUCUCCAAAGCUGUUUAUAUCUCUGCUGUUAUGUUGGCCAAUGGUCAAAGCACUCUCGAUCUUUUUAAUCAACCGCUGGGAUCAAAUGAUCUGAUACAACAAGCUCAUAUAUUUCUGUACGCCAACGGCAAAAAGAACCCUCCAACUGCCGUUGACUACGACAGAUCUUUGCUUAGAGAUUUUAUCUUUCAUAAGAGCCCACCAAAGGACCUCGCAUUGUCAUCGGUAUCCAUUAGACCGUUUCCGUUCGCGCCGGUUGUUGAAAAACUUCACGUGUCGGAGAAAAACUACGGCUCUACUCGACGGUUCUACAUAACAACCAUGGAGGAUUGUGCAAUACCAGUUCCUCUUCAGGAGGCGAUGAUCAAAUUGAACCCACCUGAACAAGUUUUCCAGCUCAAAGGAGCCGAUCAUGCACCGUUCUUUUCUCGGCCUCAGUCCUUGAACCGAAUCCUCGUCGAGAUAGCUAAACUACCGUUUAAAAAAUCAUCGUGAUAUGUUUGAUGGAUUGGGUAUUAUUCCAAACCGGAUAACAAAAACUAAACCAAACCGGUUAUAGGAUUUGUUUUUGAGAGUUGGACCGAGCAGUGAGCAGAACAUUAUCUGGUCUUGGUCUGAAUAUCGUAUGUUAUUUGUUGAUUUAUUUUGAUACUACAUUUUAAUAAAAAGAAUAUUUCUAGUAAUCACAAAAACUAUGCCAUAUUAAUAAUUCCUUAUGUCGAGGAAAUGAAUAUCCCGUUUAGGUUUUUCCUACUUCUAUAGCCUCUUUAAUCUCCUUUUGUUUCAUAUGCAUUCUAGAUCUUUUGUAUAAUCAUAUGGCUGAUGUUCGUAUGCUCACCCAGGUGAUCCAUCUGGGUGAAAAUACAAAUCGAUGUUCGCUUUGUACAUUAUAGUGCUACAUCCAAAUGGAUCAUCCACCUGAAUUUUUAAAAACUCAUUUCAAAUUCUCACCUAAAUGAAGGUGAAUCUUGAUGGUGCAUCUCGACACAGAUGCAUAUAGUUCAGUCCAAAAUGAUAAAUAACAAAAAUGACAUUUUAAAUCAAAAUAUUAUUUUUAAACCGUAAAUUCUAUUUUUUUGCAAAUACAUUUUUCUGCUAGAACCGAAAAAUACAUUUACCCCCAAAAACUAAAAAACACACUUUCCCGCCAAAAUCGUAAAAUGCGUUUUUCCUCAAAACAUAUAAAACGCAUUUUCCCGCCAACACCAAAAUAAUGCAUUUUUUCGCCAAAACUCAAAAACACAUAUUCCCGACAACCCCUCCCCCCCCCAAGCACUUUCCAGCCAAAACCGCAAAAAGUAUUUUUCCGCGAAAACUGAAAGACGCAAUUUCUCGCCAAAACCGGAAAAAACGCAUUUUCCCGCCAAAAUUGAAAAACGCAUUUUUUCGCCAAAACCGGAAAAGUGCAUUUUUCCACCAAACCCGAAAAACGUGUUUUUUCCGCCAAAACAAAACAAAUGUAUUUUCCCACCAAAACUGAAAAACACAUUUUUCUGCCAAAAUCGGAAAACGUUUUUCCUGCCAA